AUGCGAUUACUUUGGAACACCUUCACGACCAAUCUCGAUGAAGGCAGCACAAUCGAUGCGCUACUUCGUUCAGAUGACAUUUUGGACAUGAUCAAGGAGCUGGAUAUUGACGGAUGCAAUUAUGGGGAAGAACCUUUCCCCACCACUACGGAAAUCUCAAGUCGUUUUGUACAGCUUCUGUGCGCGCUACCGCGAAACAGCCUUCGAGCGUUUACGACCACGCUAGACUUUGACGAACGUACGGUUGGUCUUAUACUCAAGACUCAAUCUCAGCUGUCGAAACUUUCGUUUCCCUCAACGACCCUGCACGACAAGCUACUCACAGGAAAUCUAGAUAAGCUGGAAGAUUUGACACUUCUACCACAAGAAGCAGAUCGCCAUGCCGAUGCCAAAUGCUUGGCUUUCACUCCCGUUCUCCGAAGACUCGCAAUCAAACCCAAGGCUCAAGAUGCACACAACGGAAGACCCUACUCCUGGAGUAUGCCAAAACUGGAAGUGCUCUUGGAUCUACGCAAUAUCGAGAUUCACUCUGCUUUCAUCGAAGAGCAAGGAGAUUGCUUCGGCGGUAUGACCAACCUGAGUAGCCUACAAAGUCUGCUUCUGAGUAACUGUUCGGAUAUGCCGCGCACCGUACAGUGCCUCGCCGAUGAGUUUCUCAAAUGCGAUAAGCCCGCACUCAACUCAGUCAUCUUCCGACAAUUGAACGGUCUGGAAGGAGAGAAGCCAUUCAACACCGAAAUCGAACACUUUCUUGAAGCCGUUCCGACACUCGAGACUCUCUGCAUCACCACAAUCAAGGCCAUGCGCCCGUCUAUUGGUAGCAUCUGCCGCCACGGAGAAUCUCUGCGCUACCUGCACAUUGAUCACUUCCCCAAUCUUUACGAGUACAGAGGUCUCUAUACGGGAAAUGUCGAACGGUAUACGCCUCAAGAGCUUGAGAGGCUCGUGGCAAGUUGUCCGCACAUUGAAGCGCUCAGUCUUAAUCUUGUUGAUUGGGACCUUGGAGACUAUACUGCAUAUGACACUUUCAAUGUGCACGAUACCGGACGAGGUUUACAGGAGGAUGUGAAAGUUUCCGAUCUCUUAGAGGAGACAUAUGACUACAUCAUCCACAGACAUCAACUCCGCUAUCAACAAGUAGCCAAUGUCAUCAUGGAGUUUUUUGCAGACCACGAAUCGCCCAUCGAGCUUCUUGCCUUUGGUCCGGGCUACUGGCCAGAAGAUACAUACUCGUCGGCGGGCUGGAUGGACAUGAAUGGGCAUUCAUUUCCCGACUUCUCCUACCGUCGCGGAAUAGUGACAGUAGCAAUGCGCGGAGGAAAGCAGGUUUCGCGCGCUGUUGCCGUUCCCAUGCUAGAACAAGGCCAACAUGAGGCUAUGCUUUUCUGGAAGUAA